AGGAUUGGGAGGAUAUCUUAAAUAGAUAGAACCCGUAACCGUGUAAAUAGUGCCUUUAGAAGUUUUUAUCUACCUGUGUUUGUACGUAGUGGCUUUGCUUGUUCUGAACAUCAUAUGUAGUAGCUCGUAGUGUUGUGUUUCACUUUCACUUUUCUCCAGAUCUAUCUGUUGUACAACGUGUAUUUAUCUGAAAAAAAAAUUCGCUCUAACUUGCAUUUUCAUGAUAUCUAUUGUUCGUUUUAGACAACGUCCUCGCACGACCUUUGAUAUGAGCACGGUCGUAGAUAGCACCCAACAUUGUAUACGUAUUCGAAAUCGUGUCCUUCAGGUAGUUUGAAUGUCGUCUAAUGUGCUUUGUAAUCUAGAAGCUCUUUGAUUUUCAAACUUUACAUCUGCACUGUCUCCAAGAAUAAAUUGCGAGAAAAUGGCGAUCUUUGGGAAAUGCCUGAAGUUGUUGCACGGUGCCUGCACUGCCGGUUACCGGGGUGGCAGCCAAGCCGUCGUCGUCGAUCCAGCAGCCAUGACGGGAAAAAUUUCAGCCACGUCUGAGCCUGUGCUGGUGGAGCCGAAUGCAAAUGAUAAAAACGACGCCCGCGAUGAUGACCGUAUCUCCAUCUGCUCCACGCACUGUGGAAGCGACGAUGACCGCUCGAGUGUGGCAGGAUCGUGGUCUCCUACUUCUUUAUCGGAGGACCUCCAGGAGGGACCACAAGAACUACGGGAGCUGCACGAUGUCGAGUUCAUCUCGCACGGUUUUUCGGAACUCGGGGACGAGAAGGUCGGGUGUUGCGCAGCAGCGCCAAGACACAAGGUGGAUGAUGUAGUUCUCAGGGAGCACGAGCACGAAGAUGCCACAGAGCAAGACUCUGUCCAUCACGAGGGUGUUGCCCGACCGGCUUUCUUCGCGAAUCAAGAUCCUUUGGAAGAAGUAGGCCAAGGUCUUGAAGAGGGCAAUAUCAAGAGUCCUGUCAAGACGGUUGACUUCGUCGAAGAGGCGAUUCAUGCGAGUAAUUCGACCUCGGCCUCGCCGUGCAGUUCGCAUGAAGACCAGGAAAAGACUUCGCUCUGCUGCCAAGACGAAGGGGGUCUUGCGCGUGUUGGUAUUGAUAACAACAACCCAGAUGAAGAAACCGCAUCAACAUUGCAGCGCAAUAUCAACAACGAGUGGCACGUCACUUUAUCCGCCCCGAUUGUCAACCCGGCGGACAAGAUUGAGGGGAGGAGGACGACUCCUCGUCCUGGGACAGCUGUUGACAAGGAAGAGAAAGACCAGAAAUCUUCUGUUGCCGGAAAUCUUCUGUCGCUUGGAACAACUGCCGCUCCGUGCUGUGGUCCCCUCCUCUGGUACUUCGAUUUGGCCACGCAGAUUGAGAAGGCCAGGGACAAAUUGUCCGUUGACUACAAGGAGCUAACUAUGCUGAGUAAAAACGGGGCCCACACACCAGAGUCAAGAUGGGAAACCUGCUAGACAAAUCACACAGCUUUGGUUGUUUGGCAUGACAAGUUUGCCAUCGUAGUGUGGUCCUGUUUAGGUAGCUCAGAAGGAGCAUCACAGACCUAGCAUAGCACGUUGAUCCUAGCAUCACAAAUCCCAAAACACGAAUAGAAAAUGCUUCUCAUGGGGCUCCCCAGGAGAAACUUUUUUGGCAUGCAGAAUUGCAUGGCAAGGGCAACUCUGGGGUGGGGACGUUUUUACACAGGAUACUGACGCCCAAACUGCGAAAAUCCUGCUGCUCCCGCAAGUCUAUCGAGGAGCUGAUAUUGGAAGCGCAGAGAGAACAAGAGGAGGAAAUGGAAAGUCUGCUGGACCACGACAGCACGGGGCUUCUUUCUUUCGAAAAGAAAUCUCCUUGUUGUCGCGCGAGGACCACCAGGUCUCCUGUCGGGAAGAUGAAGAAGAAGACCGCUGCGAAGAAGAAAAUCGAGGUGGUUGUCGAGGAGUUUGACACCAGUGUCUUGCGUGCGCUGGAGGAGGCCUCAGCCUCACAUCAAGAACCUGUUCUUGUGGCGCUAACAAAACAAGAGACGAAAGUGGACGAGAGCUCCUUUGAGAAGGAGCCUACUGCCGAGCAGAGAGAUCACGACAUUCCCGUAAACCCGCUUGAAGAGAUUUGGAAAAAGAUCACUUCAAAGAUGAGAAUGACGAUUCUCCCGGAUAUGCUGCAGACGAAUCAAGCGUACUGUUCGAGGAUCACGCUAGGCGGCAAUAAUAGUGAAGAUCUUCCCCCUGCUCCGUCUACAACGUCUACUGAUCCCCUUACAACUCCGUCUACAACUUCGCUAACAUCCGAUAACUUUACGGAACUUUUGAAGGCCACACGAGGAUCAUUUCAGGGGUCCUUGGCAUCGCCUCGUCGCACAGCGGUGCAGAAGGAUAUGCGGAGAGGGAGUGUUCGUCGUGCUGGAAGUUGUAGUAGUAUCCUGAAUAAAGGCAGCAAGUGCAAAAAUGCGACUACAGCGCAGCGACCACUUCGCUCGGCGCUGAAAAAGGCCAACUCGCUGGACAGCUUUUUUUUGGAUAUAAAGGAAAGCGAUGAAGAUGGUAGGAGCCCAGCGGAAAAUAGAAGUCUGGAAAACAAAUCUUGCAGAUUCGGGUCGCCGGACGAACAAUUCUUCGGCGGGUGGGAAGAAAAAAGUCCUCUUCACACGUCCUCGUCGGAAAGUUGCAGUACACCUGGGCCUCGAACUCCAAAAGUCGCGCGAUUCGCCUCGGAAAUCCAGCACGUCCACGACGAGCUGGCGCCCUUUGCCAGCGGAGAGCUCGAGUUUUCGGUGAAGCUCCCGUGGAAAAAGUUCGGGGAAAGCCUGUUCGCGGAGCUUGUGGAGUACAAGGUUUAUCGCAUUCCGGUUUUCAUGCAAAGCGGGUUGGAGAACGAGAAGGACGACGAGCGGGGCCGCGAGGGAAAUUCCGAUGUUGACCCCCUCGAGGAGGAGGAAAAUAAAACGGAGUUCCUGGUCAGCUUGCAUGUGCCGGAGCUGGAUGAAGUUGAAGGUGAAGGUCGACAACAUGAUCUUGCUCUUGGAGCUGCUACUGAUAAACGCACGACCCGGCACGACGGCAACAAAAUCCCCUCCGUGAAACGCACCCGCAAGCAUUGGAUUCGGGUGACCAGGGAGGUGGGGCAGGAAGACAUUACUGACAUCAAGAGCGACAUGAUGAAACGACGCCCGAAUGGAAGACGAAUCGUGAAGAUGACCCCGUAUUUCACGAGUUUGAAAACGGAAACGCCGAUAGUUCAAUGA